AGCCCCGGAGGAGGGACCCGGAAGCAGAAGCGGAGCCGCGAGUCGAGCCGAGCCGCUGCCCCCGCUGCCCGCCGGCGCCGGGUGGGGGUCCCGGCGGCUGGAUGGGCAGCGGCGGCGCGGGCCGCGGUCGGCGAUGGGCGAGGAGCAGAGCACGGUGAGCGGCGGCGGCGGGCCCCAGGAGGCACGGGGCCCGGACGGGGGCGCCGCGGGCCACCCCGAGCCCCUGAGGCCGCGGGGGGACAGCGCCGGGACUCCCGGGCCGCGCGACUCCUUCUCGGAGUCGAGCGGCGGCGACUGCGGAAGGGACUCAAGCUGUGCGGACACGAGUGCCCCGGAGCCCACGAGGAGCCAGGGAGCGCCGGAGUGGAGAAAGAGCCACGCACUGGGGCAGCCCGCGGGACUGGCACUCACCGGGCCCCUCAAUCCCCAGACUUUGCAACUGCAGCUGGAGCAGGAGGAGGAGGAGGAGGAAGCUGGGGACGGAAAAGAGGGAGGGGAUGAACAGCAGGAGGCGCCCCCCGGGGAGGAGACGGAGCCCAGGACCCUCGCCGUGGCUCCCGAUGGAGUGGUCCUGGACGUGCUGGGUCAGCGGCGACUGCCCCCAGCCAAGAGACAAGUCUUUUGCUCUGUGUACUGCGUGGAGAGCGACCUGCCCGAGGCCCCCACCACCGAACAGCUCUCGCCGCCAGCGUCGCCACUUGGGGUUCCGCAGGUGCCCAACCCCUCCAACCCUUCGUCCUCCUUCCCCAGCCCCAGGCUGCCCCUCCCGGCUGACCCCCUUUCUCCCGACGGCGGCAGCAUCGAGCUGGAGUUCUACCUGGCACCGGAGCCGUUCUCCGUGCCGGGCCUGUUAGGAGCUCCACCCUACUCUGGCCUGGGCGGGGUAGGGGAUGCCUAUGCGCCCCUCAUGGUGCUGAUGUGCCGGGUGUGCCUGGAAGACAAGCCCAUCAAGCCCCUACCCUGCUGCAAGAAGGCUGUGUGCGAGGAGUGCCUCAAAGUCUACCUGAGCUCCCAGGUACAACUUGGCCAAGUAGAAAUCAAAUGCCCUAUCACAGAGUGCUUUGAAUUCCUGGAAGAAACAACUGUUGUCUAUAACUUAACGCAUGAAGACUCCAUCAAGUAUAAGUACUUCUUGGAACUUGGCCGCAUUGAUUCCAGCACCAAGCCGUGUCCUCAGUGCAAGCACUUUACAACCUUUAAGAAAAAAGGACAUAUUCCUACCCCUUCAAGAUCAGAAAGCAAAUAUAAAAUCCAGUGCCCCACUUGCCAAUUCGUCUGGUGUUUCAAGUGCCACUCUCCUUGGCAUGAAGGUGUUAACUGCAAGGAGUACAAAAAAGGAGACAAAUUGUUGCGUCACUGGGCCAGCGAGAUUGAGCAUGGGCAGAGGAACGCCCAGAAGUGUCCCAAGUGCAAGAUCCACAUCCAGAGAACUGAAGGAUGUGACCAUAUGACCUGUUCACAGUGUAACACUAAUUUUUGUUAUCGAUGUGGGGAGAGAUACCGCCAGCUUCGGUUUUUUGGAGACCACACAUCAAACCUCAGUAUAUUUGGAUGCAAAUAUCGCUACCUCCCAGAGAGACCUCAUUUAAGGAGAUUAGUGAGAGGGUCAGUCUGUGCUGGAAAAUUAUUCGUUGCACCUCUAAUCCUGGUUUUGGGAUUAGCACUAGGGGCCAUAGCAGUUGUAAUCGGUUUAUUUGUAUUUCCUAUCUAUUGCCUUUGUAAGAAACAGAGAAAGCGAUCACGGACAGGUAUGCAUUGGUAAAAUGCAGGUGAUCUCACCCACUUAAGCUGGUCCCAGGAGGAGCUGUGCAGGAUGGCACACCGUCUGUGAGUUCUACCCUGAAAACACUGCAAGGAACCUUCUGCGUCUCGUCUCCCCAUGGCGCUCUGCAGGCCGCAAUGCCUCUGGCCACGGUGCACUCCCAAUAUGGUAUCCUGUCCUUUCCCUAAACAAAUUGCUGCUUUAAAAAAAAAUGGUCACUUUCAUAAACUAUAAACAUCUGUAACAUAUCUCUGACCUUUGUGUUUCUUGGAAGAAAAUAUUUUAACUAAGAACUGGUUCUCCUCAGAAUUGUUCUGAGGGUGCCUCUUCUGAGCAUUGCUUGGACUGUCUUUGAACCCUGAUCUCCCUCCAGCCUAUCUGUGGGACUUGGUGUGAAUAGCUAAGGUCCUGUUUGUCCCAAUAAGCAAGGUCACUUUUCAGAAGAUACAAGUUCACUGAAGGCAUCUGUUUUCAUCUGUUACUCAAGCAGUGUAAUUCCUUUAUCUUUCAGAUACUGUAAUUGCUAAAGAUCUCAGUGCCCAAAAGGGAAAUAAUGAAACUAAAUUAAUGAGAAGAACCAUGAGUUAAUGAAGUGUACAUGUGUAGGGUGUGAAUGUGUAUAUAUAAAUAUAUGUUAAAACUAGGCCCAGUAACCUUGUGCAUAUCUAUUUCCAUGCCUCUACACUAUUUUUUCCACAUUUUCAUAGACCUGUUUAGAGAUGAUAGUUCUUUUGUGGGCAUAAUUUGCUAAUGUACUGAAUUAAAGUCAAUGUAGACAACAGGC